CUGUCACGCUUCACGCUGUCAACCAGUUGUCGGAGUUCAAAUCAUUCAAGUUGUUUUCAUCGGCAGAGCUACACGUGUGAUUCAACGCUUCAAUUAAAGAAAUAAAUUAAUCGAAACUACAAGAUCGCCAAAAUGACCGAAGUCGAAGCUAAAACUGCCGCCACGGAGGAAACUACCAAGGAGGAGGAAGAGGCACCAGAAACUACUGCAGAACAAACCGAAGAAUCAGCACAGGAAACUUCGGAAAACGUGUCCAAGCUGGAGGCUUCCAUCAUCCGCCAGUUGGAGUAUUACUUCGGCGAUGCCAAUCUGGCGCGCGAUAAGUUCCUGCAGGAGCAGAUCUCAAAGGAUGAAGGCUGGGUGCCGGUCGAUGUUUUGCUCACAUUCAAGCGGUUGAAGUCACUGAGCGAGGACAAGAAAGUGAUCGUGGAUGCUAUCGAGAAAUCCGACGAGGGAUUGAUUGAGAUCAGUGAGGAUCGGGAGAAGUUGCGACGCCAUCCGGAGAGACCGCUUCCGGAGCAGAACGAGGAGACGCGAAAGGAAAUUUAUGGACGUACCGUGUACGUGAAAGGAUUUGCCCCGGAGGAAGGCACACAGAUGAGCGAACUGCUCGAGUUCUUCGAACCAUUCGAGAAGAUUACCAAUAUUGUCAUGCGCAAGUACCACGACAAAGCCACCAAGAAGUAUUUGUUCAAGGGCAGCGUUUUCGUGACCUUUGCCACCAAGGAUCAUUGCGCCGAGUUCCUGAAGAAGGAAAAACUAGAGUACAAAGGCAAAGAGCUGAUCCGCAAGAUGCAGGACGAUUACUUCGAAGAGAAGAAGGCCGAACGCAGAAAGAAGGACAAAAAGAAGGAAGAAGAUCGUUUCAAUAUUGAUCACCUUCCGAAGGGAGCGUGCGUCCACCUGUCCGGAUUUAACAAGGACACCAGCCGGGAGACUAUUAAGGAGACUAUCUUGAAGCUGGACGAAUCGCUGGAGGUGGCAUUCAUCGAUUACGCAAAAACCGACACCGAAGGAACGGUUCGUUUCGCUGCUGACGAUGCCGGCAAGAAGUUCAUGGAAAAGCUGACCGAUAGCAAGAUCCAAAUCGACGAAGAGGAAAUCACCGCCCGGCUGUUGGAGGGUGACGAAGAGAAGGAAUUCCUGCGGAAGGUCGUCAAGGAUCAGCAGGCGCGACGACAAGCCAGCAAUGCCCGCAACAAGGGCCGACACCAGAAGGGAGGCAAGCAUCACGGUCACCACAGGAAUGGCGGUGAAAAGCGAAAGGCGGACGAGGAGAGCAAAGAGCAACCUGCCAAGAAAAAGGCACAGGAAGCGGAUGCCUAAUUCCGUUUUACCCCUAUAUUCUACGCCUAUAUUUAAGCAAACUGGUAAGCUCCAUUUUCCAACCAAUGGUUGACUAGAAACAAACUCCGUAUCUUUAUUACAAAGCUGGUAGAGCUUUUAGAGCAUUCGACUUCUUGUUUAAUUUCAUAUUUAUAACAAUCAAUCAACUCUUGAUUAAAGAGUAUCAACUUACACCGUUUUCUUUUUAAAUGUUUCACUAAAACAAUAUGUAAAGACGUGAUUUGAACUAGAAAUAUUUUUUAAGGUCUACAAUUCCCAGGAUAAAAAUAUUAUUUUGAAGUCCAAACGUAA